GGCCGGUCGCUCUGCGGAUCACAGGUAUUCGAUCUCUUCUUCGGGGCUUUAGAAAGACAUGCAUGCCGUUUUCGAACUCGGUGGUGAGGUUGCAUCAGUGCUGCAUGAUCGUGUUGGCUUCCAGUUUCAUUUGUCUGUUUUAGGAAUACUGUGAAAAGUUUCAAGGAUGGAAUAGUCCACAGACUAUUGGGCCUGAACACCUGCAGAUCAACACCAGAAAGCAGCAUUUCUUGCCAGUCCAGUAGACUCACCAUUAAGCAGCAAGAAAUCCUUUCAUAACUUCAUCUCACAUAUCUGUUUGAGAGAUCAUAAAACUUUGCAAGAAUAAGGAGAUUCCUCAUCACAUCAUGAUUGCAGAAUUGCAAAUGCAAACAAAGUUAUUUAAUUUUCUGUAGCCCUUUGACAUUUUGAAACUAGUUAUUGCAAAUGUCCUCCAACGGAUUCAUGUGUACCUGUAAUAUUUAACCUUCUAAUGCACAUUUAUGGAGAUUUUCUGCUGAUACAAUAUGAAGGAUUGCUGAAACACAUUUGGUUAUGUUCACAAAAUAUUAUAUGGGGAUGGUAGAUCACAUGCAUUGUGUGUAAUCUGAUACCUUUAAUGUUAUUAGCCAUUUACUACUUGGUACAGGAGUGAUGCCAAUCUAUAGCUUGCAUCAUCUACAUUUCCUUAUUUGGCACAUGAUUAUUCAUCAUUUCAUGGAGUUGAACUGAUUCUUGUUUAUCACACAUCACAUGCAACUUUACAUUUUUUUCUUAAUAUAUAUAUAUAACCCAACCACCCAAAAUGGAUAUCGAAGAAAAAAAUAAAAGUAAUAUCACUGUUAUGUCGGAUAAUGGUAAUAACAGUUCCUUAUAUGGACCAGAUCUGCCAUCUUGGGAUGAUUAUAUUGGAAGCAUACAUGACAUCAGAUAUUUACUGGUUGGAAUUUACACAUUUAUAACAGUUUUGGGCCUUCUUGGUAACUUUUUUGUUGUGGUCGCAUUGUGCAAAAACUUAAAACAGAAAUCAAUGAUUAACUUUCUGAUUGGAAAUUUAGCCUUAUCUGACAUUUUGAUUCUAUUAUUUUGUUCUCCAUUUACAUUGACUUAUGUACUUCUGGACCAAUGGAUCUUUGGGGAGAUCAUGUGCUAUAUAGUACCAUUUGUUCAGUGUGUAUCGGUUAUGGUUUCUAUACUAAUGCUGAUGUCAAUUGCAAUGGUUAGGUACCAGAUGAUAAACAAUCCAUUAUCCAAUAAUUUUACCAUAAAUACAGGUUACCUGUUAAUGGGAACUGUGUGGAUUAUUGGAUUUACUAUUUGCUCACCCUUGCCCAUCUUUCAUAAAAUAAUAGACCUAAGUGAAACUGUUCACUUAGAAUCCUUAAAAAAUAAAUUCUUAUGUAUUGAGGCAUGGCCGUCUGAUUCUUACAGAUAUGCCUAUACCUUAUCUUUGUUAGUUAUUCAGUAUAUUUUGCCGAUAGUUUGUCUAACAGUCAGCCAUGCCAGUGUGUGCAGGAAGAUAAGUUCCACUGUGCCCAGCACGCAAAGUAGAUCCGAUGAGAAUGAAAUGAUAAAUUUAACUAUACACCAGCCAGCUAACAGACAUCCGCCAGCACAACACUCAAAGAUGCAAGGAUGGAACUAUUCUCUUCUGAGAAAACACAAGAAGAGAUACAGCAGGAAGUGUGCCAGUGUCAUGCCUGCCAUGGUCAAGGUCCACAAGAGUGACCAGACACACAAUGGUUCAAAGAUUGUGCAGCCUCUGCCAGCCUCCUUUCUACCAGGCGUACCCAUUUGCUUUGAGGUGAAACCAGUGGAAUUAGAGGAGACCACUGAUGCACACAUUAUUCCUGUGACACCAAAAUCUAUCAGCAGAUUGAGGAAACGGUCUCGCAGUGUUUUCUACAAACUGACUAUAGUAAUUGUUGCUUUUACUGUCAGCUGGAUGCCUCUGCAUAUCUUUCACCUUUUAACUGACUUCAAUGCCAAUCUGAUUUCUAACAGGCACUUCAAGCUGGUUUACUGUAUUUGUCACUUGUUGGGCUUGCUGUCUUGUUGCCUGAAUCCCAUACUUUAUGGAUUCUUGAAUAAUGGUAUUAAAUCUAGUUUACCAUCCUUGGUCAAGUGCUUUUGGGUAAAAUAACACCUAGAGAGGACAAAAACUGGGGUUGUCAUAUCAGGCUUAAAUUAGACAAGUUUCUCAGUCACAUGAGCAGUUAACUGGAUUCAAUUUGACAGUAUGACUGUCAUCAAUAUGUCCUCCUGAAACAAUCAAAUUCAUUCCCUCAUGUACUAUAUUAAAGAUUUUGCUGAAAGAACUCACUAUCUUAGUGAAAUCAUGAUAGGAAACUAAAUAUAGAUUUCUACUGGGUUUUACAGUGAAUAAGAACAAAAAAUAACCAUUAUCUUGUGACGUUAUUGAUUAAAAACAUUUAGAGGUCCUAUAAAUAUAAAAUGAACUACUGUAAGAAAGGGAAUUUUUUAUCUGAUUUAAUCUUGUGGAUAUUUGUUGACUCAAUGAACCUAUUGCACAAUGUAGUCUUGUACUUUUCUAAGCUCAGUGACAAUAUUUUAGCCUUCAGAUAUUAUCAAAGGAAACUGUUUAAACCAAAUUUUUGAUGUCACACUGUUCUGAACCAAAGAGGAAUCAUUAUGACUGUCAUCUUCCAUACCUUUUACUUAGACCUAAUGUGAAUGGAAGUCACAAAUUCAGAUAGUACGAAAUAUAUAUUCCAAGCCACUAUCAAAAGCAAUCUCUAAACCAUGCACUAAAACAAAUCCCUCAAAUAAUAUCUUAGUUGUCUAAGUGAUGUUUUAAAUGCUGUUAAAAAGUUGUGCACAUUGCUUGCAAUUAACACAUUUAAAACGUUUUUGAAAUAACUGAAAAGUCAUUCAGGGAAGCAUAUUUUUGCAUAUAUAGAAACAGGAUAUUGAUACUUUAAAAUGUACUAUCGCAUCACUUCUUUGUGAUGGAAAUAUAAGAUAACAUGUUGUUCUUUGCUUUUUACUCUAUUCAAACAGAUAAAAAUCAGAAAGUGAUUCAUUGUUGAUACAGUGCCCACUUAAUGAUUUUCUUUUCACACAAUAAGACUAAAAGACUGAUUGCUGUAUUCUUUCUCUGUUAAAUGUCAGAUAAAUGGAAAUAUCUAAUAUAGUUUCCUUCAAAGGUAUAAUUUAUCUUAAGUAGUUGAUAUUUAAAAAUUAUCUCUGCAGCUGAAUGAACUGUCAGGUUUAAUUAGAAGCAAUAUCUUUAUCAAAACAGUCAGAUUGGCAUGUAGAAUCACGGUAACCUGAACAAUUAAAAUUGUCGACUUAAUUUGCAAAAUGUUGUUUUUGAUUGAAACAUUAUAUAGAAAAAAUAUGAAUUGAUCCUGACUACAAUAAAUGUUAAGUAUUAAAAAAUAAAAAUAUUAAAAUGAAAAGAGGAUGAUACAUUUAGAAUAUUAUACCUUUUAUUGUUUUUAUAGAUACCAUAGGUGAAACUUGCACCUGCAUGCAUUAGUUAAAUCGUUGUGGAAAUAAUGACUUAACUCAGUUACAUUUAGUUUUCAUGAAUUUGAUGGAUUUUGUUGAGGGCUAAUUUCAGUUUGCAUUGAAUAUUGUUGCUUGCUGAUAUGCUGAUAAUAGUGGUUUGCAACAGUGAAUUUUUGUCUGUGGACAGUGAUAAGAACAAAUGAUGCCUGAAAUGUUUCAGUAAUAAACACUUGUGUUGUCUGAAUAUGCAUUAUUUGUCCUUAUUAUGCUCCAGUCUGCUCUGCCAAGUUUAUUCCAGUGCUUUAAUGCACCCAUGUGUUCUGCUAAAGAGAAGACACAUUUAAUAUGAAGAACUCCCAAAUAAGAAGUAGUUUUGUAAAUGAAAUAAAUCAAAGGUGAAAUGGAUGUAGAUUUGGGGAAAAUUGUGCUUUCAUAUUUAAAUAUUGUAUUUACAAAGAAUUGUGCACAUUAUUUCCAUUUGGUAAUUAAGAAUGAUAUUAUGUAAAUCUUGAAAUUGAACAUUUCUUCAUGAUAAUAUUACAAUAAAUUAUAAAAUUAUUGACUA